CCAUUUUUUCACGAAUUGAAUAUAACGAUUUACUACAACUUUAAUGGGCUUUUAAGAAAGCUUCGGAAAAAUGCUGACCACGAGACGUGUUGCGGUGCAACAAGUAGAAUUCGCGCAAGCGUGAUAUAAGUUAAAUGUAGAGAGGAAUCUAGAAAAAUCCAGUGGAUUGCAUGAAUAUUACUCUACGAUUGCUUCUAGAUGGCACUAUCACAACAAUUUUUGUAUAACCACUCCCGACUUCAGAAUGUAUGUAUUCUCGGUUAUAAUGGCGCCUCUGUGUCAAAAGCGCCCACUGGUGACGAGAGAUUGCAAAGAAAUUUGAGAAAUUUGUUCAGGAGGCCCUAAAGAAUCGUCGUCUGCUUUUUAUAUUACCCACAUCAUCAAAAAAUGAUAAAAUAUUGAAAUUGAAACAAUAGUACGAUUGAAUAGAAAGAAUACAGAAUGAUACACGUGAGUUAAAAUCCGUGCUACCUGUUAUAGACCCCAAAUGAUGCACUUUCACGUAGAUGCACCGCGUGGAGGCGCCUCAACGACGCUGUGCGCAAGCGUAUGGGAGUGAGAGUAUCGCCAAUCAGGGCGAAGAUGCGUACUGGAGAUGCGCAAAGAACGAAAACUGGUCUUUUCGCAGUUAUGGACUCUGGUGAACUGCGGUAUAUGAUACAUCAUGGAGGGACAUAUAACAUUGAUUCAUAAUGAAAACCAUAUCGAAGUCGAUAAGCAAAAACUUGCAUCCAAAAGUUGUUACUUUGCUUCCCUAUUUUCGCAUAAUUUUAACGAUUCUCAUAACAAGGAAUAUGUUAUUAAUUAUAACAUAACCUUUUCUACUUUACAGAAUUUUGUUGAAUGGAUUCAGGAUGGCGAAGCCCCUACAUACUCGCAGUAUAAUUCUAUAAAAGUUUCUUUGAUAAAAUUUAUAAAACAUAACUUUAUAGAAUUAUUAAAUUUAUUACAAUUGAGUGUAUUGUUUGCGGCUGAUGAAUUAUCAGAUGAUGUUACAGACGUUAUAAUUUCACAUUGGUUGUUACCAGAGAAAAUCAUUGAUAUAUGGUUAUUGGCUCAAGAAUUGAGUUUAAAAACAUUACAAGAUGUUUGUCUGUCAGUCUGUUUAGAUCGCUUUGAAGAGUUACCUGUACCUUUGCUUACUGAAUUAACCAAAGAUAAUAUUACUCAAUUAAUUGCAAAUGUUAAUGUAAGGUCUUCCAUAGAGUACCUGAAUUUGAUAAGAAACGAAUGGAUGAAAUGCCACAGGACAUUAGAUAUUAUGGAAAUAAAAGAUAAAAGAGAGUUGAAAUUCAUACAUGGCACUGUUAUUUAUAAUAUGUGUGAGUCUGCCAAUAAGGAUGCAUUUUUAUAUACCUGGAAUGGUAAUGAUUUAUCCAAAUGCAUUCAGUUAAAAAACAGAGACUCUGGUAGUGAGAUAAUUGGAAUGCAAGUUGCAAGUAGAGGUUUUAGUAUGUAUACAAUUGGAGGAGAAAAGGGUUUGGGAACUGGGAAAUUUAAUGAUAUUAUUUGGCGUUAUUGUCUCUUAUCAAAAAAGUGGUAUUAUCAAGCACAUCUGCCUGUUCCCAGAAGGCAUAUGGUAGCUGUAUUUUUGAAAGAUAAAUUAGUUUUGGCAGGUGGUGUAGGGAAGCAUAGAUUGAAAUUGAAUACAGUUGAUAUUCUUCAUAUUCAUUCUGGUAAUUGGACAAAAUGUACAAGUAAAAUGCCUGAAAGUUUUACCGAAGUUCCGCCACACUGUGUUUUUAAUGGCAAGCUGUUUCUCUUAAAAUCAUCCAUUUACAUUUAUUCUAUAGAAACCAAUGAUUGGCAAAUCAUAUCAAUUGAAAAUCCUGCUAGACAAAGUAUAGCGUUUCUCACGCAUGACAGAACAUUAUUUUCAACUGGUGAAUAUUUAGGUGAAAUGGUUCUAUCAAGAAUUGAUGCAAAGGUGUCGGUUUGCGAGAAGGGAGAUUGUUUACAGCAAUGCGUAGAGCAUAGAGUAAUAAACAUCAUGGAUACUGUACCUGUUCAUCAAGAUGAUUCGUAUCGGAUAAGGUACGUGUGUGUCAGUGGUUUUGAUUUAAUAAUAUUGAAUACUGAUCGCGAUGAAAAGCAUCAAUAUUUGCAUCUCCAUACACAGAGAAGAAAAGAUUUCGAAAAUUGUUUUAUUCCUACAUUAAGAUGUAUUAGCAUUAUCGAUCCGAAUACUUUAUACGAUACUGUGUAAUUUUGAAAUUAGACUAAAGUAAAGAAUUUCAUAAGAUUGAA